AUGUCGGCUAGCGCCGUCUCCUCGACGACGUCAGACAGGCCGCCACUGACACUGCUGGAGGCGUUCGCGAACAGCGCCGCCGCCCUUCGGCACUUUGGCAUUCCGCGCAUUCGCGUCGUAGGGCUGAGUGAGGGGUGCGCUCAGGAGGAUUACGAGCUUCAGCGCGCGCGCCCAGGUGCCAAGGACCUCGAGUCGCUGCUGCAGGAGAGCAGCCUAUGUGGCCCACACGGCGGGCGUGAGACUGCCAGCCGUCGCGUCCAGAGCGAGCAAGGUUCGCCGAGCGAGGCAGUAGCGAGCCAAGAUGUACCGAUUGUAACGGAGCAGGAGUUCAUGCACAUGUUUGUCUUUCACUCUCGCCCGUGCGUCAUCCUCGACGCGCUGGCGGCGUGGCCAGCGCUACACAAGUGGCGAGAUGAUCGCUAUGUGUUUGACCUCGAUCAUACCCUGCCAGGGGAGGUGGGGAAGAAGUUCAAUUCUGACGGAACGCAAGACGAGGACGAGGAGGCGGAGGAGGACGAGGAGGCUACCGGCAGUGAUGAGCGGCUCCGCAAACACGCGGAUGCGACGAAGUCGACUGGGGAGGUCGUCAUGCGCCCCAAGAGCGUCACAGUGGCGCUGACGCCAAACGGGCGCGCUGACGCCGUCACCCGCGUCACGUACGCGACCGCCGCCGUGCCAGCAGAGGAUGUGGCCGGCGUAUACGCCGGCAAUGAGGCCCGCAAGCAGGCAGUGCUCCUCCCCCUGCUCACCCAUGCCGCAGACAAAGACGAAGGGGACGCUGUUCGGCGAGAAAAGAUCUUCAUGUACGCUGCGGAGCUGCGCGUGACCCUGUCACAGCUGUACGGCCUUCUACAGCGCAGCCCCACCUGCCCGCUGCCGCAUCCCAUCAACGUCGACAUGCGCACCUACGCAGACAAGCACCACACGCCCGUCAUCGCGUACGCGCAGCUGCAGAACAACUGCCUGAACACGGAGUACGCACACCUGCGUGUUGACUUGUGCCCGAAUGUGGAACUCUUUGGCUGCCGCGUGUUCAGCAAGGAGGCAGUGGAAGCGGCAAACGUGUGGUUCGGCAUCCCCGCCUCGGUGUCAUCGAUGCAUCAAGACUGGGUCGAGAACCUCUACUCCGUGGUGCGUGGCGUGAAGGAGUUUGUGCUGAUUCCGCCGUGGGAGGGCCCCUUCGUCCCGAAGCCGGAGAUCCCCGCUGCAAUGUUCGCCAUCGACAAGGAGGCGAGCCUGAUGGACCACGAGGACGACCGCGCCGAGAGCUGGUCGCUUCAGUUCAAGCAAUACCCCGUGAAGGAUGGCACUGUGGUGCCGUGGAUGGACUUUGACCUUGCCGGUGCAGACGUGGAAGUGGACGCAGAGGGCGCCGCGCGUGCGGAACUGGAAGACCGACUGCUCGAGAAGCGUCGCGUUAGUGCGCUGUCAUCGUCGUCGUUGUUGACAAACACCGGGGCGAAACAGGUGAGUAACAAGGAAGACGUGGAGGCCGCACGCGAGGAAGCCAGCCGCAAGCCGCUACACCCCUUAGUCACCUACGUAUACCCCGGCGAAACGCUUUACCUCCCAGCGAUGUGGCUUCAUCGCGUUGCCCAACACGCCGAUAGCAUCGACCUGCACGCGCGUGCGCAGCACUGCGGGGCAGCCAACGCAGUAGUGUCCACCACGCCACCUCCACUCCCCCUGACUGCCGCGGUGAACUACUGGUAUGACAUGAGCUUCAGCAACCCGGCUGUUGUGCUGUUGCGCGAGUUUGGGCUCCUGCUGUAA